GCAACAGUAAUUAAUGAUUCACCAAAAGUUUGUUUAUCAGAAACGGCGAUUGUUGACAUGUAUCUUGUGCUUUCUUCUUCUGAAUUGCAGGUUGUUCGGAACGAAGUGCAAUGCUUGCUUCCAAUCAAUCCCGUCGAGUGAGCUUGUCAUGAGGGCGCUCUCCAACGUGUACCACCUCCGCUGUUUCACAUGCGUCAUGUGUGAUCAACAACUUAAGAAGGGGGACGAAUUCGUUCUGAAGGAGAAUCGACUGUAUUGCAAAGAGGACUACACGAAGGAACACACGGUGGAUACGCAAAAAGUGUCUUCAAAAUCAAGUUCACAAGAUGGCAGGAAGGGACCAAAAAGACCCAGAACGAUCCUGACCACGUCACAAAGAAGAGCUUUCAAAGCUUCCUUCGAGGUAUCUUCUAAACCUUGCAGGAAGGUCCGGGAAACCCUUGCCAAAGAGACUGGUCUCAGCGUAAGGGUGGUCCAGGUCUGGUUCCAGAACCAACGAGCUAAGGUAAGGAAAGAACAUAUGAAGAAACUUGCAAGGAAGAGUAUGACUGAGCAGGAGGCAGCUGCACAAAGGAGAUCAGGAAACGAUGACCAAGAUGAAAGUAAAGACGACGACAGUGACUUUUCUUUCAGUGACGUCACUGAUCUUGAUAAUUACGCCUCGGGCGGCCCCUCCUCCAUCCCACCCUCCUCUCACCAAGGAAUGAUGGAAUCACCCUACGGACAGGACUCCCCCCUCGGAAAUCAGCCACCGGGUAUGAUGAACCAACCCAUGUACAGCCCGGAGCAGUUCCUGGCCGACGGUCCCCCGACCGGGAUGGAUGUUGGAGGGGUGAUGGACCACCACGAUAUGAUCCCUACCAGCCAGGUCACAACCCUCCUCACCAAGGGAGAGAUGGAGAUGAAUGGGGUGCACGUCCCGCAGGUAGGGGGCAUCAUUGGUAACCCCAUCGACAAGCUAUACUCCAUGCAGGAUUCCUACUUUAAUGCGGUGGAAUAAUGCUCAGAGACUUCAUAGAGAUGAGCGAAUAUUUGUGACUUGCAGACCAUCAUUGGGACCAGUGAUAUGUGCAUGAACACUGAGCACUGAGCGUAAAAGUCAGUUUAAGGAGAGAGGCGGGUCACUUUUUUGAGAAUUAAAGCAAAGUGGAACGUAACGUGCUGAGGGUUACCUAAAGCCCAGAGAUGUGGAAGUCAUCAAUAGCAUCUGGUAACCAUGGAAACAGAAGAUGGGGUAUGCAGAGGAGUCCGAUGGCCCGGGCCAAGGACAUCAGUAAUGAAUUUUGUGAUAAGGUACUUUUUCAAAAGAUCUGGUGUGUGUUAUAAUGGUGUGACGACAUUGAGCUGAUCGGAUGAGAUUUGACUUUGGCCUGAAACAGAGUUGUUUAAGGACUUCAAAAGUUAAGACAGAAGAUGGUAGGAACUCAGCACAUAUAUGAAAACAAGGCAGAAGUUCUGCCAGAAACAUGGAAGGUUUCCCAAAACAGAUUUGACAAAGACUUGGCUUUUCUUUCUUUACAUCAAGUGACUUUAAAGAUAUAUAGAGAGAAACAAGAAGCAAUGAUAUAUAAAAUUAAAAUUGAAAUAAGUAUAUCCAACUGUCAUUGGAUACAUUCCAAAAUGUCACUAAAAUGGAAACAUUUUAAUGCUCACAGUGCUGCAUGGUGUUGUAUUUUGUUGAAUACUGAUUGAAAAAGAAAAUCAAAGGUAUAAUAAGCCUUGGACAAUACAGAGUAUCAUGACAUUGAAAAGCAAAAUAUGGCAUGGAUAAGUACUGUGACACCAUGUAGGAAGGGGUAUAGCUAUGGAAUUCAUGUCUGCAUACACAAGUCACAUGUGAUCAUUCAUCACUGAAACAUGUAGAAACAUUCCUUUUCUGUAUUCAACCACAAACAAAUAUAUUGUGUGGGUAAUUGGUUUUUAAGGUGUGUAUCAAUCAAUUUCAUGUAUUUAACUUCUGUGGACUGACGUUUAACGUCACCAUCCAAUAGGUAUUUCAGACUCAAAGAGGGAUCUGGGCCUGAAUCAAUUUGAAACUAUUCGCUGGAUUGCUCACGAAUGCUUCAAUAAAAAGUUGGGUUGUAAUCUAAAUGACGUUGUCAUUGACAAAACCAUAUCUAU